AUGCAACAAGGAGAAUUCAGCGAGAAGCCAUCCUCGCCUGCCACCACAAUGGCCGCUUCAGACACUUGCAAGCAUGAAUUUAAGAUUCGUGACCUUUCAACUCGAAGCGUAACUUUAUUUCCCACCCGAGCCCAAAUUAUUCGCGACAUCAACGCCAUUAAGCUCGGCCCUGGUGCUAAUAAAGUCAUUAUUACUGGUCUUUCACCGACAGUAGAUGAACAUUCGAUCAAAGUCGAGGGAACGGGUACAGCUACGAUUACUGAUGUCCUUGUCGAACGCGAGCCGAACAAGGAAAUUUUUGAAGAUAUCUAUCCCUCAGAUGACAGUGAUGACGAGAGCACCGAUGUGUCAGACUCUGAGGAUGAAGAUCCAGCAGUAGUCUCUGUACAACGCAAAAUCAAAGCAUUGAAUGUGAGGGCACAAGCCAAGCAAGAAGCCAUCAAUUCUGCAGCUGCUCGACUUUCGCACUGUGAAUCUUUUUGCCAGUCUGAUAGUCGCGAUCAUCCAGUGGCUAGUGAGCUUGGAAAGCUUAUGGCUGUAUAUAAAGAGGAGCGUCACACUAUCUUUACUGAUCAUCAAAUCGCUACGGAGGCACUGGAAAAUCUGAAAUCUGAAAUCGCAAAGCUCGAAAAGGAAAGGAUGAGACUUGUGAGGGCUUGGGUCAAGUCUUCCGAAAAGAAGAGGAAAGAACGUCUAAGAGAGAAGCAAUCAAGGCGGCGACAAAAGCUUGCUCGACAAAAGGAGAAGCUGAGAAUUCAGCGUGAUCGCGAAUUCUUCUGGCCAAAACAGACAUAUUGUGUGACUAUCAACCUGGAACCGUCAGCUUUCACUCCAUCAUCAUCGCGUCGGACGUCCAUUGAUGACGGCGACACGAUCGUCAACCUUGCCACGUCUACAUUCCAUGAAGAUAGCGGCAAAGCUUUGGAUUUGGACGAAAUAUCGUUGUCGCUGUCAUACAUCACCUCUUCAGCCUCAUGGUCUCCACGGUACGAUCUGAGUUUGAAUACUACCAAGGGUACAGGUCUUCUCGAAUACGGUGCAGAAUUGAGUAAUACCACUUCCGAAACGUGGCGGGACGCCAAGGUUAUACUAUCAACCUCACAAACCAACUUCUCUGGCCUUACCGAGACCAUUCCUACGUUGCAGCCUUGGCAUGUCCGACUGCUUAAAGGUGUGAUCAAGGGGGAUCCAUACGUACUCAUGAGCCAUCACGAGUUGUCCGCGAAGCAGCGAGAAUGGGACCAGACCAUCGACAAUAGUAUGAAGCCACGCCACGAAAUCUUCGGCCGACUGAAAAACGUCCAGGAGCUUAGAAUGGACAAGAAUUCUGAACUCAAGUUUGGACCAAGGGUCGACGUUCAAGAGAAUGUUGAUCGCGGAUCGAUGGCCAUCCCACCUCCUCCCCAAAGUUUUGGAAGCAGCCUUUUCGGCAGCAAUACUAUCAUACAAAACAAUGCUCUCCGCUCAACUGCCUUUGGAAGUAGCGCACAACACAACGCACCCGCAUCCGGGGGUCUUUUUGGUGGUCUCGGUGGUCAACCUUCUAUGGCAGCCCCACAAAGCGGAAGGAUCGCCCCUAUGGCUCUUGCUAGAGGUGAAAAAAUGAGUAGCGAAACUACAACUCACAGGCGUCAAGAGGAAGGCCUGAUUCAUUACUCGGAUGAACUAGAAGAGGCCGAAGAGCUCGAAGAGCUCAAGCAGCAGCUCUCCGCGCCAGCACCAAACAGCCUGACUUUCGAGGCGGGAGCCUGGGGUGAAAGUGGAAUGUCCACCACGUACGAUGUUGCUGGAACCAAAACUCUAGCGCCUUCACACUCCGCAAUCAAACACAAAAUUGCAAAGAUUGAUUUCCGAAAUGUUGUCUUCUCACAUAUUGUUAUAGGCAAACUCCGCCAAGUCGCGUUUCUCAAAGCUCGCUUGCGCAACACUUCGAAGAUCACGUUAUUGAAAGGGCCCCUGGGGUUGACGCUCGAUGGCAGUUUCCUAGGACAAACACAAUUCCCGCGAUGUUCAGCUGGAGAAUCAUUCUCAUUGCCCCUGGGCGUUGAUCCUUCUAUCACGGUAUCUUACCCCAAACCCACCGUCCGAAGAAGUCAAUCGGGUAUCUUUAACAAGGAGGAUUCGAAUUUGUUCGCCCGUACGGUAGUAAUCACCAACACCAAACCAAACACCCCAUGCGAAAUUACUUUCCUUGAUCAAGUUCCCGUAUCAGAAGACGAACGUCUGCGCAUCGAGAUCACAUCUCCCAAUGGUCUCAAAGUCGGAGGCCAGUCUGUUCAAACAGGUACUGACGCUGGUACAUCCGGCGCUCGUACAAGUAACGACAAAGGCACGGCGAAUGAUAGCAGGGGAAGUGCUUUUGGCGCUCUUGGGGGAGUGAAAUGGGGAAAAGCUGUUGCGACAGCGAAGAAGGGAGGCGAAAUUACGUGGAACGUAAAGUUGAAUCCGAGACAGAGUGUCAGGUUGAACUUGGAAUAUGAAUGUGUAUUCCCUGGUGGUGAGAGAGUUACGAAUAUCUAG